AACGCACCGGUCUGUGAAUAUGAUGUUAAAGUUGUUCAAGAAAGCCAACAUAAAAGUUCCUGCUUCAGCAAAAACUUUACUCAGAACAAAACGAAAUCCUUCAUCUGAAAAAAAGAUAUUGGUGGCGGACAAUAUUGGUAUCGCGGUAUUGCAAAUGCAUUGCUAAAUUAUUUCCGAUUUAAAAAGCCUUUAUCAUCGCAUUUCACAUUGACGGUGUCUAUAGAUGGGUUGCCAUUGCAUAACAGUAGCAGCACUCAAUUCUGGCCAAUUUUAUUUAAAAUAAAAGAACUACCGGAAGCACUGGUAAUGAUAGCUGCUAUAUUUUGUGGUUUAAAAAAACCCGAGAGCGUCGAGGAGUAUCUUAAUCCUUUAGUGAAUGAAUUGAACCUCCUCCAUGAUAAUGGAAUCACAAUCAAAGGUUCGCAUAUCACCAUAAAGUUGGAGGCCAUCGUUGCUGAUACUCCUGCUAGGGCCUUUAUAAAAGGCGUUAAAGGUCAUACCGGUUACGCUUCAUGUUUGAAAUGCACUGCGAAAGGUGUUUAUAACAAGAAGUCAAAGACCAUGACGUUUCCUGGCAUCAACGCACCCCUAAGAACUCACAAAGGUUUCGAAGAAGACGAUUAUCCUGGACACCGUACUUCUUCAACUCCACUUUUGAACUUGGUGCAAUUAGACAUAAUACUGCAUAUCAUUGUGGGAGAUCCAGCUAUAGUGGUGUUAAAAGAUCAUCUUCCAGAAAACGUGUACGAACAUUUUAUUCUCUUGUUUUGUGGGGUGACACUGCUUUCAUCGCAAGCUUAUGAAGAAAAAUGGGCGCUAGCUGGACAACUACUGGAUAAAUUUGUUACCGAUUUUCCCAUAGUAUACGACGAACAAUAUAUGAGCAUCAACAUCCACAAUUUGCAACACGUAUAUGAAGAAGUGAAACGUUUUCGUUCUUUUUCGGCCAUUUCAACAUACCCAUUCGAGGCAAAAUUGCAUUUCUUGAAGCGCUUACUUCGCAGUGGAUGGAAGAGUCUAGAACAAGUUAUCAAGAGAAUAUCGGAGUUGGAAGAGUUUGAUAUGCCGAAAGAUUCCAACAUUAGCUAUCCUUCGAUAAUCGUCAAAGGGAAAAAGACAUCUGUUCAUGUUCGGAAAAGCUUUGUACUGCAAAAUAACGUAAAAAAACUGUUGGUUUCUUACGAUAGACAACAGCAUAAUGAAGUUUCACUCAGCAUCCUCAGAACCGGGAGAAGGAGGAAAAAUGUCAGUCAAAAGCAAUAAGCUGAAUAUAAAAGAGCUGGCAUUUGAGAAACCAUUCGCAUCAAGCGAAUUGUUUGUUUUUAAGGGAUAUACAGAUUCUCUUUCUGAUAUCGUUGAGGACAUUUCACUAGAUCAAAUAAGGUGUAAAUUUGUAGCAAUACCUACAAAACGCAACGAAGAAGUCAUUUUUGUUCCUCUUUUGCACACAUUAAUAUAAAAAUAUUAUGUGUGUUAGAAAACGAAGCGGAAAAAUAAUUUAAUGCCGAACACUUCGAUAGUUUUAGUUUUAAUCGUAAGAUGUUGCCAAAAAAUUGGUCUCUUUAUUCCGCUGGUUAUUUGGUAAUAAUCCCGCGGAUUGUCUUUCGAGCCCUUUUUAUGCUAUUUUGUUGCAUAUUCUCUCUCUUUCCCUUCUCUAUUUUCCUCUUUUCUCUCUUCCUAACGAUAAUAUUGACAGAUCGUUGGAACCAUCCUAAACUACUGUUAUAAGGUUCCAACAAUGGAACCUUACAACAGCAUGAUAGAAGGGUUCCAACGAACUGUCGACUUUAGCGUUAGGAAUUGUUUAGGAGAAAAAGAGAUAGGAAAAAAGGGAGAAAAAGCUGGGUGAAAAACGAUAAAACGGUCUCGAAAGACAAAUUCUGGCAUUAUCGUAAACGAACCGGCGGAAUAAACAGACUAAUUUUUUGGCAACAGCUAAGUAUAACAAAAAACCUUUAACGUGUUCGGCACUUAAUUAUUUUCCGCUUCGUUUUCUAACAUUCCAAAAAAAUAGAUCAACUAUAGAGUCAAAAAUCGUUUCGUAGAUCAAAAUCGAAGUAAGUCGCGCGUGUGUUUCUAUUCGCGUAAAGAUAAACCGUGUUGCAAGUGACGAGUGAAAGGAAGGCUGAGUACGCGUCGUAUGCGAAGGGUGGAACCAGCUACCGAAAGACGAGUCCAAAGAUGGAACGCGAGUACGUCUCCAUCGUCCCUAGCGGAGCAUUUCACACGGGAACAUUGCGCGAAGCUGCCAUCUCGUCGGAAGUAGUCACCCCCAGAAGGUGCAUUUCAACAAAUCGAAAUUGGAUGCCUUAUGAGCGGGUGCAGAGUAAGGCGGGAACCUUACAUCGUCGCAAACUCAUCACGUCGGAAGUAGCCACUUUGAGGAGCAUCUCUGAAGCAGGAGACACGAGUCCUCACAAACAGGUGCAAAGUAAGGCGGGUGAGUUACAUAGACACGGAACGCAAAGAUCACUGGUCGGGACGGAAGGGAUGAGAUCUACGUACGAAAGACGACGACAGAAGAGAUAUCUGCGUCAGCGCAAGCUGCGGAAAGUCGAUGAUGAAAACGUUCAUAACAGUUUCGCGGACCGAGGCACACCGGUAGAAUUCGAAACAGAAUUAGAAUUGUGGCUUCGCGGCAUAAAGCAUCAUUCGAGGCAGACCACAGCAAAGCAAAAUGGCCUUUCGUCGACCGAGGGUCAUGAACUUCCUGAUGAUGACACGCACACUACCCAGAGCUGUGCAACACAACACAGCCAAACGAUGUCGGCCUGCACAAUACACAUGCAGCAUCUUAGAGAAGCGAACACUCUAGGAAGUGCGAUUCAUCUGGAGAACGCAACACAAUCGCAACACAUGUUGCACACCGAUUAUGCCACUGACCACGAAUGUGAAAUUCGGAACGUGACACGCUCGAGGUAUAACUCACACCGGAGAAAAAAAGCACAUUCCGCACACGUAUCACGCACGAGGAAAAAUAAGCACCAGUCUCCGGUACACUUGAAAUGCACUUAACACUCAAGGCUCCCCACACAGUCUUUACAAAUGGCUAGCAUCGGGGACGGGUGUAUGACGAUGAUGUCUCGACCAAUAUGCUUUUAUUGGAUGAAAACAAGGACAAUCUUAUCGAAGGUGUUGAUCGAUGGACGUUUGAGCUGGUUGAUGGUCUGCUUAGUGAUACCGGCUUGGCUACCAUCCCGGUGCAAUCCGGUGGCACAAAGGAACUUAUUCCUCAACAGAAGAAGCUACAUUAGAUCGAGCAGUAUAGCAGUGAAUUCAGAGGCGAGCCAGCUACUUCGGAUUCAGUCCCAAAUUUAGCAGCUUGUACAAGCGAAGCAGGCGAAGCGGCGCAUCCGGCUUACUGUAACGCAACGGAUCCGCAAAUGGUUCAAUCAGAGCAGGUAGCGAGCGAUGUUAUUUUAGCUUCUGUGCUAGUAUGUGUCGUCUCUGGAGGAAGCUCGGAAUUCCUGCAUGUGGACCGGAGCCAACAAACGCAAACAUGAAAUGAUAAGAAGCUCCAGUCCACCCCAUGGUAUGAAAUGUUGUUAAAUCUAAAACUAAAAUAAUUUCGUUUUAGCUGUAGCAGUGAGUGGAAGGUACAUAUACUUAACUAAGCCGGACGAACAAUAACGCCUAGCGGGGAGGAAAUGACAGCGGCGGUGUGAUUUAGGGUUAUCAACGAUGCACCGUCUACCAAUAAAAGCACAAUAUACGCGUGUAUUUUGUGAAAACGUUGAGGUGAAAACAAUCGGAUCUGAAAAACCACAUGUAAUCGGCGAAUGACAACAACACACGCGAACGUAAUAUGACAGGUCCACAAAGGAAGUGAGGCGACAGUUGAAGUGAAACGCCAGGUAGAAUCAACUGUGCCACACUUGGGGGGACAUUGUUGGAACCUUACAACAGCAUGAUAGAAGGGUUCCAACGAACUGUCGACUUUAGCGUUAGGAAUUGUUUAGGAGAAAAAGAGAUAGGAAAAAAGGGAGAAAAAGCUAGGUGAAAAA